CUUACCAACACUGCACAACGCCGCCAAACGCGUUGUCGGCAAACAUUUGUUGUGAAAUUUUCUACGUUUCUACAAGUUAAUUCAUUGCAAAACCAAUUAAUUGUUAUUAAAUAAUAAAGCUAAAGUGCUCUUGCACUUUGGAAAACCGAAAUCAUGAUGUACGACAACGAGGAAGAGCUGUACGAGGAGGAGAAUGCCGAGGAGAUCUCCCACGAGCUGUGGCAGGAGGCCUGCUGGAUCGUAAUCAACGCCUACUUUGACGAGAAGGGCCUGGUGCGGCAGCAACUGGACAGUUUCGAUGAGUUCAUCCAGAUGUCGGUGCAGCGCAUCGUGGAGGAUUCCCCGGCCAUCGAGCUUCAAGCGGAGGCACAGCACACAUCCGGCGAGGUGGAAACCCCUCCUCGAUUCUCCCUGAAAUUCGAGCAAAUCUAUCUGUCCAAGCCCACGCAUUGGGAAAAGGAUGGUUCACCUAGUCCCAUGAUGCCGAACGAAGCCCGCCUGCGAAAUCUUACCUACUCCGCUCCCCUCUACGUGGACAUCACGAAAACCAAGAAUGUCGAGGGACUGGACCCCGUGGAAACGCAGCACCAGAAGACUUUCAUUGGCAAGAUUCCCAUCAUGUUGAGAUCCACCUACUGCCUGCUAUCCCAGCUCACGGAUCGUGAUCUUACGGAGCUUAACGAGUGCCCGCUGGAUCCCGGCGGCUACUUCAUCAUCAACGGCUCGGAGAAGGUGCUAAUUGCCCAGGAGAAGAUGGCCACAAACACAGUGUACGUGUUCAGCAUGAAGGACGGCAAAUACGCGUUCAAGACUGAGAUUAGGUCGUGUUUGGAGCACAGUUCUCGACCCACUUCCACGCUGUGGGUAAACAUGAUGGCCAGGGGAUCGCAGAACAUUAAAAAAUCCGCCAUUGGACAGAGGAUCAUAGCCAUCCUACCGUACAUCAAACAGGAAAUACCCAUUAUGAUUGUGUGAGCAUUGGGUUUCGUGGCCGAUCGCGAUAUCUUGGAGCACAUCAUCUACGACUUUGACGAUCCCGAGAUGAUGGAGAUGGUGAAGCUCUUGGAUGAGGCCUUCGUGGUGCAAGAACAGAAUGUUGCCUUGAACUUCAUAGGAGCCAGGGGUGCCCGUCCCGGAGUCACAAAAGACAAGCGUAUCAAGUACGCUAAGGAAAUUCUGCAGAAGGAAAUGCUGCCCCAUGUGGGAGUCUCCGAUUUCUGCGAGACCAAGAAGGCGUAUUUCCUGGGAUACAUGGUGCACCGGCUGCUGCUGGCUUCCUUGGGCAGGAGAGAACUCGAUGACCGAGAUCACUACGGAAACAAGCGACUUGACCUCGCUGGUCCACUGUUGGCAUUCCUCUUCCGUGGGUUGUAAAACCUGAUGAAAGAGGUGCGCAUGUACACACAGAAGUUCAUCGAUCGAGGAAAGGACUUCAACCUUGAGUUGGCCAUCAACAACAUUAUUACGGAUGGUCUGCGGUACUCUUUGGCCACUGGCAACUGGGGCGACCAGAAGAAGGCCCAUCAGGCGAGAGCUGGCGUCUCCCAGGUGUUGAAUCGUUUGACCUUCGCCUCCACACUCUCCCAUUUGCGGCGUGUCAACUCGCUUGGUAGGGAUGGUAAACUGGCCAAGCCCCGUCAGCUGCACAACACCCUGUGGGGCAUGUUGUGUCCCGCCGAAACUCCCGAGGGAGCUGCUGUCGGCUUGGUGAAAAACCUUGCCCUCAUGGCCUACAUUUCUGUCGGAUCACAACCAUCUCCCAUUCUGGAGUUCUUGGAGGAGUGGUCCAUGGAGAACCUGGAGGAGAUUGCACCCUCCGCCAUCGCAGAUGCCACCAAGAUCUUUGUGAACGGAUGCUGGGUUGGCAUCCAUCGCGAUCCUGAGCAGCUGAUGGCCACGCUGCGCAAACUGCGUCGCCAGAUGGACAUCAUCGUUUCGGAGGUGUCCAUGAUCCGAGACAUCCGAGAUCGUGAGAUCCGAAUUUAUACAGAUGCGGGUCGCAUUUGUAGGCCACUCCUCAUCGUAGAGAACGGAUCGCUUCUGCUGAAGAAGACCCAUGUGGAGAUGUUGAAGGAGCGGGACUACAACAAUUACAGUUGGCAGGUCCUGGUGGCCUCCGGAGUGGUGGAGUAUAUUGAUACCCUCGAGGAGGAAACCGUCAUGAUCGCCAUGUCCCCAUACGAUCUGAAGCAGGACAAGGACUAUGCUUAUUGUACCACGUACACGCAUUGCGAGAUUCAUCCAGCCAUGAUCCUGGGAGUCUGCGCCUCCAUUAUACCCUUCCCCGAUCACAACCAGAGUCCGCGUAACACCUAUCAAAGCGCUAUGGGUAAACAAGCUAUGGGCGUGUACAUCACCAACUUCCAUGUGCGUAUGGACACGCUGGCCCACGUGCUGUACUAUCCAAUGAAGCCGCUUGUGACCACACGUUCCAUGGAGUACCUGCGUUUCCGAGAACUACCAGCUGGCAUCAACUCAAUUGUGGCCAUUCUCUGCUACACUGGCUACAACCGAGAUUCUGUCAUUCUGAAUGCCUCGGCUGUGGAGCGUGGCUUCUUCCGCUCGGUGUUCUACCGGUCUUACAAGGAUUCGGAGAACAAGCGUGUGGGCGAUCAGGAGGAGAACUUCGAGAAGCCUCAUCGCGGCACCUGCCAGGGAAUGCGGAAUGCUCACUACGACAAGCUGGACGACGAUGGAAUUAUCGCCCCGGGAAUUCGUGUGUCCGGUGAUGAUGUGGUUAUUGGCAAGACUAUUACGCUCCCUGAAAACGACGACGAGUUGGACAGCAACACGAAGCGCUUUUCCAAGCGAGACGCCUCCACUUUCCUGCGAAAUUCUGAGACUGGUAUUGUGGAUCAGGUGAUGCUUACGCUCAACAGCGAGGGCUACAAGUUCUGCAAGAUUCGAGUGCGUUCCGUGCGUAUCCCCCAGAUCGGCGAUAAGUUCGCCUCCCGUCACGGACAAAAGGGAACGUGUGGUAUCCAGUAUCGUCAAGAGGAUAUGGCUUUCACCUGCGAGGGCUUGGCACCAGAUAUCAUCAUUAAUCCCCACGCCAUUCCAUCUCGUAUGACAAUUGGUCACUUGAUCGAGUGCCUGCAGGGCAAACUGGGAUCCAACAAGGGCGAGAUCGGUGAUGCCACACCUUUCAACGAUGCAGUCAACGUGCAGAAGAUCUCAACGUUCCUGCAGGAGUACGGCUAUCAUCUGCGAGGCAACGAGGUCAUGUACAACGGACACACUGGACGCAAGAUUAAUGCUCAGGUUUUCUUGGGACCCACCUACUAUCAGCGUCUCAAGCAUAUGGUGGACGACAAGAUUCACUCCCGUGCCCGUGGUCCCGUCCAGAUCCUGGUGCGUCAGCCUAUGGAGGGUCGUGCCCGUGACGGUGGCUUGCGUUUCGGCGAGAUGGAGCGUGAUUGUCAGAUUUCCCACGGCGCCGCUCAGUUCCUGCGAGAGCGUCUGUUCGAGGUCUCCGAUCCUUACCGCGUGCACAUCUGCAACUUCUGUGGCCUGAUCGCCAUCGCCAAUCUGCGCAAUAACACGUUUGAGUGCAAGGGCUGCAAGAACAAGACGCAGAUCUCCCAGGUACGACUCCCAUAUGCGGCCAAACUGCUCUUCCAGGAGUUGAUGUCCAUGAACAUCGCGCCGCGCCUGAUGGUCAACUAAUCUUACAGGAUUCGCUGACCACUUAAUCGCCCUAAGCUAAAAGUUAGCAGUUAAUAUUAAAUUACCAUAAUUGUGACAACUCAA